AAAGGAAAAGGGGAAGAGGAAGAGGAAGGAGGGGCGGGGAGGUUGUCCAAACCCGGAAGUGGGUAGGAGGGAGCGCGCCUGUAGUGGAGCUCGGCGGCCGAGAGGCAGCGGAGGAGCUCUGAGGAGGCGACCAUGAAACCCUUCCUCUCACCUCUCCAGAAGGUGUUACCCAAGAUUGAAGCUUGCUUUCCUUUUUAAGUCUCUUGAGACACUUAUGAAGCUUCUUGUCCUGAAAUUGCAUUAUUGCAAUGAAGAAAAGGAGAAAGGUUACUGCAAAUUUUGAUGAGAAGAUCCAUCUAGGCCAUCAUAAAGAUUCUUCUGAUGGAAAUAGUGCAGUGGAUAGUGAACAAGUGACCAUCAGUCAUUCUACCGAAGGAUCUACUCCUGAAGAUCUUCAGUGUUAUCAGCAACUUCCUCCAUCACCAGAUCAGAGAAAGCUUCUGAGUUCUUUGCAGUAUAAUAAGAAUUUAUUGAAAUAUUUAAAUGAUGAUAGACAGAAGCAGCCAUCUUUCUGUGACUUACUUAUAAUUGUAGAAGGAAAGGAAUUUAGUGCACACAAAGUUGUUGUUGCUGUUGGCAGUAGUUAUUUUCAUGCUUGUUUGAGCAAAAAUCCAAGCAUAGAUGUUGUCACUCUGGAUCAUGUAACACAUUCUGUUUUUCAACAUUUGCUUGAAUUUCUCUACACAUCAGAAUUUUUUGUGUAUAAGAAUGAGAUACCUCUAGUUUUAGAGGCUGCAAAAUUUCUGGACAUUAUAGAUGCAGUUAAACUGCUAAAUAACGAAAAUAUUUCUAAUUUUCCUUCUGAAAUAACUGAAGAGGCAUCACCAGAAGAAACUCUAAGUGAAUUGGCUGGCAGGUUGUCAAAUAGUCAUCAGUGCAAAUUCUGCAGUAGAAAUUUUUGUUACAAGAAAUCUUUAGAGAAUCAUUUGACCAAAACUCACAGAUCCCUAUUAAUAGGGAAAAAACAUGGGUUAAAAAUGCUGGAAAGAGGUUUUUCAGCAAGAAGAUCUACGAGGAAUAGAAAGUGCCCUGUAAAGUUUGAUGAGGACAGUGAUAAUGAAAAUGAAAGUGGUGAAAUAUCUGACAAUUUUGAUAAAGACAAUUUGGAUAAAGUCACUUUUGAUACAGAAAAAUCAGAUAAAAAUGACUCUGAGGAUGCUGGAAGUGAGUACAAUGCUGAUGCAGAAGCCCAGGAGGAGGAAAUGUCAGAUGAAUACUCUGAAGGGGAAGAGCAAAGUGACAAAGAACAUAAUGAUGCAGAAGAGGAGCCUGAAACUGCUGAUUCUGUAGGAAAUAUUCAUGAAGGGUUAACUCCAGUGGUCAUUCAGAACAGUAACAAAAAAAUAUUACAGUGUCCUAAGUGUGAUAAAACAUUUGACCGAAUAGGAAAGUAUGAAAGUCACACUCGGGUUCACACAGGUGAGAAGCCCUUUGAGUGUGAUAUUUGUCAUCAGCGUUAUUCAACAAAAUCUAACCUAACUGUUCACAGAAAGAAGCAUAGUAAUGAAACAGAAUUUCAUAAAAAGGAACACAAAUGCCCUUAUUGUAAUAAACUUCAUGCAAGUAAGAAGACUCUAGCUAAACAUGUUAAGAGAUUUCAUCCUGAGAAUGCGCAGGAAUUUAUUUCCAUCAAGAAGACUAAGAGUGAAAGUUGGAAAUGUGAUAUUUGCAAGAAGUCAUUUACCCGAAGACCACACUUGGAGGAGCAUAUGAUUCUUCAUUCUCAAGACAAACCUUUUAAGUGCACCUAUUGUGAAGAGCAUUUCAAAUCACGAUUUGCCAGGCUAAAACACCAAGAAAAGUUUCACCUGGGUCCAUUUCCAUGUGAUAUUUGUGGUCGCCAGUUCAAUGACACUGGAAAUUUGAAACGACACAUAGAAUGUACUCAUGGUGGAAAGAGAAAAUGGACUUGUUUUAUCUGUGGAAAAUCAGUAAGAGAAAGAACAACUUUAAAGGAACAUCUGAGGAUUCAUAGUGGAGAAAAACCACAUCUGUGUAGUAUUUGUGGGCAGAGUUUCCGCCAUGGGAGUUCAUACAGACUUCACUUGCGAGUCCAUCAUGAUGAUAAGAGAUAUGAAUGUGAUGAAUGUGGGAAAACAUUUAUUCGUCAUGACCAUCUUACAAAACACAAAAAAAUACAUUCAGGUGAAAAAGCUCAUCAGUGUGAAGAAUGUGGAAAAUGUUUUGGCCGCAGGGAUCACCUCACUGUUCAUUAUAAAAGUGUUCACCUUGGUGAGAAAGUGUGGCAAAAAUAUAAAGCAACAUUUCACCAGUGUGAUGUUUGUAAGAAAAUUUUUAAAGGCAAAUCAAGUCUGGAAAUGCAUUUUCGGACACAUUCAGGUGAAAAGCCUUACAAAUGUCAAAUUUGUAAUCAGUCUUUUAGAAUUAAGAAAACUUUAACAAAACACAUGGUUAUUCAUUCUGAUGCUCGACCCUUCAACUGCCAGCAUUGUAAUGCCACAUUUAAGCGGAAAGACAAGCUGAAGUACCACAUUGAUCAUGUGCAUGGAAUAAAAUCUCCAGAUGAAUCAUUAACUACUUCUGAGGAGAAACUUGUAUCCUUACCAAUAGAAUAUGCUCCUGAUGGGAAAGGGUACCAAACAGAAACCAAACAAUAUAUGGACCAGCCUAAAUAUCAGUCAGAAUCCAAAACGAUGUUACCAAAUGUUCCUAAUGAAGUCUGUGUUCCAGUAACAUUGGUUCCAGUCCAGAUGCCAGAUACUCAGAAUGAUAUGGUACGCCAUACCACCGCACUUCCACCACCCUCCCAGGGCAUCCUUUCUGCACAGACACAGCCAACAGAUUAUCCACGAGCAACAGAUUUGGCAUUUCUGGAAAAAUAUACUCUCACUCCUCAACCUACAAAUAUAGUUCAUCCAGUUCGACCUGAACAAAUGCUUGAUCCUAGAGAUCAGUCUUACCUUGGAACAUUACUAGGUCUUGAUAACACUACAGGUGUACAGAAUAUUGCUAAUAAUGAGCAGCACACAUGAUGAGACCCAAACAUUCCACAAAAUUUUAAUAGCUAUAUGCUAAUUGCAAGCAGUUAGCCGAUAGCUAUUAAAUAGGGCUACUAUGGUUUGCAUUUUCUCUGACCUCCAAGAUUCUGUGUAUAGUUUAAGAUCAAAGAAAACAUUAUGUGAACAUAUUUUGAUGCAUAAUAUUUAAAGUGUAUAUCUUAUAAUUUUUAAAUAUUUUAAAAUCUUUUAGAUCUUAAUUUUUAAUAGUUUCUUACAUAUAGUUUUUUAGAGAUUCGCAUACAGGAAUUUUUAGAUAUAUUUUUGUCAUCAUUGGUUCUUCAUUUUCAUCUCAUUCUUCCUUACUUUCCUCUUCAUUUCCCUCCUCCAGUCCCCAAGUUUCAAAAAAAAAAUCAUUUUAACAAGCCUUUAAAGAGACCAUAAAUGAAUGUACUGAUAGGUAUCAGCUGUUUUUGUCCCAGCCUAAAAUUCACACAAUCUUGUCCCAAAUGCAUGUUUUUCUUAUUAGAAUUAUGCACCUGAGUUUAUAAAAAAUACUUAGAACUUCUUUUAGUGUUUGUAUUUUUAUAAUUUCUAGGAAGUAUUUCUCAUUGAAUUUUUUGACAGUCUGAAAGUAAAAAAAGGUAGACUAAUGCUAUAGGGUCAGCUAGUAAGGUAAUGUUUGGAAAUAGAAACAUCAUACCUCAGUUAUCCAAGAUGAAAAAGUAUAAACAAACAAGGAAAACAUAUAUUCCCUAUAGAAUUUUUCUUUUGAGCUUGAAUUUGUUUUUUAGAUUUUACCAUUGAAUGCCUUAUUUUUAAAAAUUAGCUUCUGGCUUAUGUCUUCAUUUCCCUAAAGGGUUGGAUAAUGAAAUUUCUUUAAUAAGGAGUAGCUAAAACACCUUUGGGGGAAUACCAUGGUAUAAUGGAAAGAACACUGGAUUGGCAAUUAGGGCCCAAAUUCAAAUUCUGAAUUCUGGCUUUACUAUUACCUGUGUGACCUGGUUGAGUUAGUGAUCCUUAGUUUCCUGAUAUGAAAAAUCAUGUGCAUGUUGGUGGUAUGUGUGGUAGAGCUGGGGUCGUGGGCUAGGGGUGAGCUAGGUGAUCUCUAAGGUCUCUUCCACAUUAAAUCCUAUGAUCCUGUGAUUCUACUUAUCUUGGAUAAUUGAGGCUCUAAAAAGCUAAAUAGUGAGCCUAAAGUUUUGAUGUGUAGCCAAUAGGAAAAGAACUAAUACAAAUCCUAAAAUUUGUGGUCAAGUCUACUGCAUGUUACUUUUCCCUUAUUAAAGGCAAACAAAAAUAUCAUUCGUACAUCACAAUUUAUAUUUGAAAAAUUAAUUUUAAUUUCGAUUCCUUUAUUCUUAGUAUCCAUUACUGUCAUUUUUAUCAUUGUGAAGUAAGGAGGGAAGAAUAUCAGUUGUAGUAAAACACUUUGCUUAAAAUGAUUUAUUAUUUCAAAAUAAUUGGUGGGGCAGGGGGCCAAGAUUAAGUUGUUAAAGCUUGAAUUAUAGGAUAUUUUAAAAGUAAUAAAGUGCUGUUACUUUCAAGUAGGUAUAGAAACUUGAAUUAGGUUAACAAAAUGUUGCUUGGUAAAACUCCUUGGGGAAAUUUCUUUAUUGAAUAGGUAAAAUGUAUAAGUGUGGUACACAUGAGUAGGCUGCCUCAAUUAUCAGUAAAAAAAUUUUGAAGAAGUGGCAUAAAGAAUAUUCAUGACCAGAAAGGAUGAUGAACUAGUUAUAUAGUGAGAACAAGCUAUAGGGGUCACCAGCAAGAGAUUGAGUGAUUUUGUCAUUUGAUAUAGCAUUUAUAUGUAAAUGUAAGUAAAGUAUUUGAGACUACUUUAAAAAAUUUCAGUAGUUUAAAAUUUUUUCUCAAUAGUAUCAUAGUUGUGAUUUGCUAGCUAACUGCCAGAUCUUGUAUACUAUCAUAAAUAAAAUGAUGGAAAUUUUUAUCACACUAGAAAGGCCAAGAACAUUCUUUAGUGAAGUACUUGAAAAACAGGUAUUUUACCAGAGUGCUUAUAAAUAGAUGUGCCUACUCAUGAAGAUUAAGCAAAAACAAUAGAGCAGAAAAUUGAAACACUACUUUUAUGCCCCUAUCUCCCUUCUACCCCCAAUUUUUCCCCCAGCAGGGUUAUUCAUUCUAUUUUUAAAAGCCUAGUUUCCGACUAUGGGAACAAAUUUGUAUUUGAAAAUUGGACAGCUGAGAUACUUUCAGUCUUUGAAAUUAAAUUAUAAACUCAUUCUCUAUUUCAGUUCCUUCAUUUAUAAAAUAAGGAUUUGGAUUAGAUAGUCUAAAAGAUCCUUUCAGUCUUUAAAAUGUGAUUUUGUGAUUUAAGACUUCUUA